AUGUUGAGCACCCGUGCCAGGAGCAGCCGCGUGCGCGGUGCUGCGCUCCUGGCACUUGGCGUCUGCGCGCUGUGGAGCUUCCAAAGCCAGCAUGCCUUCAGCGAACCAGUCGUACAGGAGUCAUCCGGCAUGGCCAGGACCAUCGCCGACCACGCCCUGUUCGUUUCUUUGGCGCUGAUGAUCGCCUGCGGUGCCUUUGCGUACACCGAACAAGCACAGCCGGCAGCAGCGGGUCCAGCGGAGAAGCGCCCCGACUACAGCAGCUUCGUCAUGAUCUCCAACAUUCUCUGCUUCACGUCUGGCUUCGUGAACGCCCUGGCCAUCAUCGACAUGGGCAUGACCGUGUCCCACCAGACGGGCAACACCAGCCACACCGGACGUCUCAUCAUGAACGGUGGCAUCAAGUUCUUCCACCUGAUGCUCUCCUUUGCCACCGGAUCUUUUGUGGCCGGCUUCAGCAAGUGUGACCAGGAGGCCAUCUACCAGGGGCGCUACUCGCCCAACCUGUUGGCAGCAGCCUUCGCCGUCAUGUUCGGUUGCCUGGUGCACUACUGCAAGGCCCAAGCCGGCAUUGCCAAUGAUGAUGCCUCCGAGUGCCUGUUCUUGUGGGCCUUCUCGCAGGGCAUCCAGAAUGGCAUCACUCGUCGAUGCAGCUCCCUUCCCGUUUGCACGACGCACUUCACUGGCUAUUUGACCGACUUCGGUGUGGGCCUGGGCUUGUGGGCCCGGGCGCAGACGGACGGUGCCGAGCCGCCCACCCUGCUGAAGGUCUUCCUCUUCGGCUCCGGCAUCUUCUUCUUCGGUCUUGGUGGCGUGGCGGCCAUGGAGACGCACCCUGCGUGGGGCGCACAGGCAGCACUGAUCCCCGCGGCCAUCAUGGCGGCGGUGGCCGGUGGCCUCAUCCCUGUCGUGAAGGGAGGCCAGUGCGGCAAUCAGAUUGGUGCGAAGUUCUGGGAAGUCAUCGCCGAUGAGCACGGCAUCGACCCAACAGGUACCUACCACGGAGAUUCGGAUCUUCAGCUGGAGCGGAUCAAUGUCUACUUCAACGAAGCCACCGGCGGAACCAUGGACAGCGUUCGUGCCGGACCAUUCGGCCAGUUGUUCCGCCCAGACAACUUUGUGUUCGGUCAAACAGGCGCCGGCAAUAACUGGGCCAAGGGCCAUUACACCGAGGGUGCUGAGCUUAUCGACUCUGUCUUGGAUGUGGUGCGCAAAGAGGCUGAAGGCUGCGAUUGCCUCCAGGGCUUCCAGCUCUGCCACUCUCUGGGAGGCGGCACAGGAGCUGGUAUGGGCACACUCUUGAUCUCCAAGGUGCGCGAGGAGUACCCUGAUCGGAUCAUGGAGACAUUCUCCGUGAUUCCGUCGCCCAAGGUGUCCGAUACUGUCGUGGAGCCAUACAAUGCUGUCCUAAGCUUCCACCAGCUGGUGGAGAACUCUGACGAGUCCUUCUUGUUGGACAAUGAAGCAUUGUACGACAUUUGCUUCAGGACCUUGAAGUUGACGACUCCCACUUAUGGAGACCUGAACCACCUGGUCUCCGCGGCAAUGAGCGGCGUGACUUGCUGCUUGCGAUUUCCAGGGCAGCUCAAUUGUGAUCUGCGCAAGAUUGCCGUCAACCUCGUGCCUUUCCCACGUCUGCAUUUCUUCAUGACUGGCUUUGCGCCUCUGACAUCCCGCGGAUCCCAGCAGUACCGUGCCCUGACCGUGCCGGAGUUGACGCAGCAAAUGUUCGAUGCCAAGAACAUGAUGUGCGCGGCAGACCCUCGACACGGACGAUACUUGACAGCCGCCGCACUCUUCCGCGGCCGAAUGUCCACGAAAGAGGUGGAUGAGCAGAUGCUCAACGUCCAAAACAAGAACUCUUCCUACUUUGUGGAGUGGAUUCCCAACAACAUCAAGGCAUCCGUCUGCGACAUCCCACCAAAGGGAUUGAAGAUGGCCGUGGCUUUCGCCGGCAACUCCACAGCUAUUCAGGAAAUGUUCAAGCGCGUCGCGGAGUACUUCACGGCCAUGUUCCGCCGCAAGGCCUUCCUGCACUGGUACACCGGUGAAGGCAUGGACGAGAUGGAGUUCACGGAGGCUGAGUCCAACAUGAAUGACUUGGUUUCUGAGUACCAGCAGUACCAGGAUGCCACAGCCGAAGAGGAGGGAGAGUUCGACGAAGAGGAAGGCGAGUAUGACGGCUGA